AUGACAUUGCAACUUCAGCUUAUUAAUUAUGACAUCUACAAUAAUUCAAACUUGAAUAUCAGUAGCUCAGAACGGGCUAUGAAUGCCUUCACCACAAAUGUUCACGAUUUUACUAAAAAAGUUGUUGUUGUAAAGAUUUUGAUGAAGAUGUACUGUUCAUCCUUCCAGAAGUUGGAAACGAUAAUUUUGCGAAAUACGAAUCGGGAAGGACGUAGAGUCUUAGGAGCCACUUUUGAAGAUAUCGAUACGCCAACUUUGCGAGCUUACAUCGGACUUUUGAUUCUUGCAGGAGUGUACCGAUCUAACAAUGAAGCAACUGAAAGUUUGUGGGAUGCUGAAAUAGGACGUCCAAUUUUUCGAGCCGUCAUGUCGAACAAAACGUUCAAGAAGAUCUCACGAUUCAUUCGUUUUGAUGAUCGGUCCACGAGGAGUAGCCGCCGGGAAACAGACAAGUUUGCACCCAUCCGCGAGCUGUGGGACUCGUGGGUAGAUAUUUUACCAAAACUCUACAAUCCGCAAAAAAAUAUUACCAUUGACGAGCAGCUGGUUCCCUUUAGGGGCAGAUGUCCUUUCAGGCAAUAUAUGCCAAUGAAACCUGCUAAAUAUGGAAUGAAGAAUUGGGUAGCUUGCGACAGCGGUACAAGCUACGUCUGGAAUAUACAACCUUACACCGGAAGAAUAAACAAUACACCAGAAAGAAAUCAAGGAAUGCGAGUCGUUCAAGACCUGACUGCUGGAUUGAAAGGUUACAACAUUACGGUAGAUAAUUUUUUUACAUCCUAUGAACUUGCACAAAAGCUCUUGAAACGAGGGAUUACAUCAGUUGGAACAAUUCGAAAAAAUAAACCUUCGAUUCCGAGAGUUCUUUUGGAAUCAAAGAAGUGGCCUGCACAAAGUUCGAAAUUCGCAUUUACCAAAGAUACGACGUUGGUUACGUAUGUACCAAAGAAAAAUCGAAGCGUUAUUUUACAGAGCACACUACAUACUACUAAUUCUAUAAAUAAUAAGGAGAAUAAAAAACCGCUUAUCAUCGAAGAUUAUAAUGCGUCGAAAGGUGCGGUAGAUACUUUGGAUAAACUUGUCGCUUGCUACUCAACGAAAAGAAAAACUAAAAGAUGGCUAGUAGCAGUUUUUUGCAACAUUAUUGAUAUAUCGUGUUAUAAUGCAUUUAUAUUGUUUACUCAGGUAGAACCGGAUUGGAACAAAAGUAAACUCUACAGGCGGCGACUUUUUUUGGAGCAGCUCGGUCGCGCACUGGUGAAUCCAUAUAUGCAGAUGAGGAAGUCUCUUCCUAGAGCCUUAGCGUCUGCAGACAUUGUAUUGAAAAGCAGAAAUUUAACUGAUGACACCAAUAACACUACAACAACAAAAGAGGAAUCUGCCAAAAGAGGACGAUGCAAAUUUUGCCCUAAAGACAUAAAAACCUCAUUUACUUGUAACAAUUGUAAAAGAAACGGGAUAGGCGUUGCACUGGCUAACGAGUGUAAUUCAAUUCUAAUCAUAACAUGUGCACCUCAACUCCCGCGACCAUAA